AUGCAUCUCCGCGUCUCUUCACUGCCGCUCGGUUCGCGUCUGGUGUCGGAUGCUGGGUGCACUUGGGACCGCUGUACAAAGACCCCAACGCGCGCAGAGGACCUGACCAUGGACGGUGUAGUCAGCCGCUGCAAGAUCGUGGUGGUGGGGGAUACGCAAUGUGGGAAAACUGCGCUCCUGCAUGUCUUUGCCAAGGACUGUUAUCCAGAGACCUACGUGCCCACUGUGUUUGAAAACUACACUGCCAGUUUUGAGAUUGACAAGCACCGCAUCGAGCUGAAUAUGUGGGACACGUCAGGAUCCUCUUAUUACGACAACGUGCGGCCUCUGGCGUAUCCAGACUCGGACGCGGUUCUCAUCUGCUUCGAUGUCAGCCGUCCUGAGACCUUGGACAGCGUCAUUAAAAAGUGGCAAGGCGAGACGCAGGAGUUUUGUCCCAACGCCAAAGUGGUGCUGGUGGGCUGUAAACUGGACAUGAGGACGGACGUCAACACCCUCCGAGAGCUGUCCAAGCAACGGCUCAUCCCGGUCACCCACGAACAGGGCAGCACAAUCGCGCGUCAGAUGGGAGCCGUGGCCUACGUGGAGUGCACGUCCAAAGUGUCGGAGAAUAGCGUUCGCGACGUCUUUCACAUCACCACGCUGGCAUCGGUGAGACGGCCGCACAAGACGCAAAUGAAGCGCAGCAGUUCUCGGAGGGGUCUAAAGAGGGUCUCCCAACUGCCCCUGCCCCCGCUGCCUGGACGGACUGAACAAAUUGAUCAAGCCCCUGCUAUUAGGAAGGACCGUGCCAAGAGCUGCGUGCUUAUGUAG